CACGAAAAAAGGACAAUGGCAAUGAGGCGAGUUCUGGCAAUGCCCGUCAUGCCAACGGUACAAAGAAUUCCUGAAUAUGACAAAUAUCUUAAUGAGCUUCUGCAAGAGACAGAUCCUGGUCAUCCAGACUAUGAUCAUCUGAGUCGUGCAGCUGCUAAAGUCAGACAUAUGGUCAAGGAGAGGGAGGAUGAAUUGGGCAACAUGGACAAUCAGAAACGUAUGGAACGUGUCCAGGACAAAUUUCCUCACGAUGACCUUCAGCUUCGUGACCUUGACCUUCAGAGACGUCAUUUGUCUGCAAGAAGGAAAUCUGCCCCUGGGGCAGUCCUCUUCAAGACACUUGGAAAAACAAAAAGCUCAAAUAAUUUACAACCAACACCAAGCAUGGGGAAAAAGGACAUGGAAUUUUUCCGUCCCUCACGGACUAACAACAAUUUCAACCGACAGUACCUUAUGGAGGGAAUUGUGGAGUUUUCCCGUGGGAUGCAGACGCAGGACCGUUACCUGUUCCUCUUUAGUGAUCUGCUGCUUGUAGCUAAACAAAAAUCCAACACAACAUUUAAGUUGAAGCACCGAAUACGUGUCUGCGAGUUGUGGAUUGCCGACUGUAUAGAUAUUGUCACGGAAAUUACACGACCCACGGACCGAUCAUUCGUGAUAGGCUGGCCUACAACAAACUUUGUUGCUACAUUCAAAAGUCUGGAGUUAAAAGAAACAUGGCUCAAUAAAUUCAAAGAACAAAUAGACGAGGAGCGUGCCAAAUUAAAGCCAAAAUGUUUACAAAUAAAUGUGCAAAGUAAAGAAAGUGAUAAGGCAUGCCAGGUGGAAGUAGAAAGUGUAACUGAUGUCUUGUCAGUGGUCAAGUCUUGUGUUGAACAGCUAAAUAUGACCGAGUCAGAGGCGAAAGACUAUCAGUUGUGGGUCCGGCUAGGACCUGAUGAAGCUCCAUACCCACUUUGUGGCCACGAGUUGCCUUACGCAAUCAAGUUGAAUCAGAUCAGAGACUUUGGGAAAAGGACCGAAGACAACUUGACCGAGCUGGAGAUUGAACGCAUCAUUAAAGAGAUGCAGGCCAACAACCGAAAAUACGAAUUCUUUCUCAAACACAAAAAGUCGCAGAAAAGACACAGUCUCGAUGAGACCUCAACUUCUAAAUCAUCUAAAGGAAAGAGAAAAUCGCCACUUAUUAAUAUUUUCCGGAGAAAUCGUGAUGAUAAGAAGCCCCAGGGAAAGCUGUUCGGUCACAAACUCGCUGACGUUACAACUCCGGAAAAUCUUGUCGCAAAGCCAAUAAAGGAGUUGUUAACAAUCCUUUUCCGAGAGGGACCAUACACUGUUGGCAUACUGAGAAAGUCAUGUAAUGCAAAAAUGUGUAAGGAACUGCGUCAAAAGUUGGACGAUGGCGAGGACUGUUUGACAAAUGAACAAUGGCCGUCACUCGUAAUUGGGGCGCUCGUUAAGGAUUACUUAAGAAGUAUACCUAAUAGUUUAUUGAUGGAAGAGCUGUUUGACGACUGGAUUGCUGCUAACUCGUACACUGAUCCUAUCGAGAAAAAUAACAAACUCAAAGACACAUUGACAAAGCUGCCAGACGCACAUUAUGAAUUGUUACGCCACCUCAUGUGUGUUCUGUACCAUAUUGAUAAGAAAUCAGAAGAGAACAAGAUGACCGCAUAUAAUUUAUCCGUGUGUAUAGCACCGAGUCUGUUGUGGCCGAAAGGAAAUAACGACCCACUCGCAACACCACCUGCUUUAAUACAACACAUGAUCGAGAAUUGUGCUCAGGUGUUCGGAACAGAGGCCAUUCUUCUUUUCGGUGAUGUUGUCGAGCAGAAAAUCCGCCAGGAUUCUAGCACAGAUUCAGAUAGCAUGCAUAGUGUACUCAGUGGUAAUUUCCGUCGUGACGAUUCUUCUAUAGACAGUCUGGACCGAGAGAUCUUGUACUCCAGGGAUAUGGACCAUGGUUCCCACAUGGCUAAGUCUAAUUUCUCUCCCGCAAAUCUAAGUGGAGAUUCAGGAUUGAUCAGUGAUUCUCAGUAUUAUGAUGAAGACGGCAAUGGAAAUGACAUAGUUCGUCCAUACCUGCGCAGCACAUCAUUUAUUCAUCCAGAGGCAUUACGCGAGGACAUUGAGCGUGCCAGUCAGAGUUUAGACAGUCAAUUCUUUUAUGGAUAUGUUCCUCAGAACCCAGUACCUCCACCAAGACAUACACGUAGAAAAGGUUCAGAUCAAAGCGGCAGUCCAAAUACGGAAUUUGAAAGAAAACCUUUACGAUAUUCGUCUGAAUCAAACUUUCAUGUGCCAAAUAGAUACAAUAGGCGCUAUAAUCAAAAUAUGGCUGAAAAGUUGAAGCGACGAUCAACAGAAUCAUUGAAAAGUGUUGAAGAAAGUUCUGAAGCAGACUCUGAAAUGAUCAUGCAAGGUUACAGGAGACCAGACAUUGGUACCCUAGUUAAAUCUGCAAGUGGUGCUCAUUUAUAUUUCGAGGAACCAAGUUUGAUGGAAUUUGACGAUAUUAACACUGUGAAAAAUCGUAGGCAUUUAUACAAACAAUCAAGUGAAGGUAAUUUGCCUAUGUCGCCACAAUCAAAAUACUCAUUGGGUAGUUCGCGGGAUAGCGUUCUCUCAGACUCCUCUGGAUCCUUCCUCAAUCGUCAAAAUAGUCCCGAUCCCCUUUCUUCCUCAGUGGAAACCCCAGAACAGGAGGAAUGUGCGAUGUCAGCAUGGCUAAAUCAGCAAUCAAAACAUACAGCAUAUGCUGUUGAAUUUCAAAAACAGAAAAGCCAUGAUGAUAGUGAAAUAGGUAUGAAAAUUGACAGAAAGCCUAUGAAUAAAAUGAAUUACCUUGUUUCACCGAAAUCAUCUCCAAAAACAUCGCCUAAACUGAGAAGACGUUCACCGAUACCUGUCAGUAAUAGAAGGUCUUUCCCAUUAAAUGCAGAAAUUUCCCCGAAAGGCUCCGGUUCAAACACAUCAAAAGAAGCUGAAGACAUCAUUAAGUCACCAAAGUUGUCGGUAACUUACUGUUCACAAGAUUCUUUAGAUAGACGCGAUUUUGAUGCUGUGAAGGACAAAAACAAUCCACCUCAUUUAGACAUUUACAAUAAUAAUGCUCAGGUGGCAAUGAAACAGUUAAAUAUCUACUCAAGUGGGCUACAGGGAACAUCUCCUCCACCACGUGUUGUGCUUCAGGGUUUGAACACACAGUCUCAAACCCUAAGACGUGAAAACACUCCUGUGAAAGGCAAUCAUGAAAUUUUACCUCAAGCACGUAGCAAUAGUUUCGAUAUAGCACAGUACGCUGAACAUAAGAAAUAUCCUAUGGAAGAGAAUUCAGUAUCUAGCGAGGAUCAAAAUGAUUCCGAUUCUGACACUGAGGUUGGAACAACACGUGUUAUGACAAUGAUGACCAUUCCUAUGUCAUUUGAUAUUCCUCAGAAGAUUCUUGUAGACAAUAAAAGUUCUAGUUCUGAUUCAAUCUCAAGAAGUUCAAGUCAGUCUGAGGAGUUGGGUACAGUCCGACCAGAAAAUCCACCAACCUACGAUGAAGCCGUGCAGCGUAGCAAUCUACUUAAACAGGGAUUGUCACCAGAAGAGUAUGAUGUGGAAUCAGUGAAACAGGCUAGUUUGAAAGCUAAACAAUUAUAUGAACAGUCAAUGAGGCAGUAUCAAGAACAAUCUGGUAGAUUCUCUUCACCAUCACAAAAGUUUGAUAAACAAUUUGAUAUUCACGAAGAGCAUAUAAGUGAAGAGACCGGAUCUAUAACCGACUCUAGCGAGGAUGAAGAGCCGAGAUAUGAUCCACGUAAGUUUUAUGAGGAAUCUCUGAAGCGCUACCUAGAGGAACAAUCAAGUCGAUCUCCUUUAGUAAAAAUGUCGUCUGCUGACAAAGAUAUUUCAUUUUCGAACAGUAAAGGAGGUAGACUUGGUGUGAAUAAUACAUUAUCACCACAAACUUCACAUUUACAAAGAAGUAGUAGUGAUGUUUGUGAUCUAGAUCGGAGAAGAAGUCCUCGGGUGCUCAGUCGUGAAACUACCCCAACAAGGCGACCUGAACAACCUCCACCCUACAAUGACCCACCUCCAUACCAUAGUGAACGCACUGAUUCUAGUCCAAAUAGUGCAAAGAGACACUUGUUCCCAACAGCAGGAGAAGCAAUGAACAAAACUCCUACGCAAAAAUGUGUUAGUACAAAUCCAAAUUCAGUGCCUGCAAUUUCAUCAGGAAAUAGUUAUACUGUUGAUAGCUCAAAUGAAAAUGCUCAGUUUGCAUCUGUUCCAAAACGAAGAGACAAUAUUCUCGUGUCGAAUAGAGCAAGAACGUCUGCAGUGUCUGCUCAAAAUCCCGAAGGAAAUAGUUCUAACACUAAUAAUCAUAAAAGUGAAAUUACUGAUUAUUCAAUUCAUAGUGCUCAAAGUGAAAUAGGACGAUAUCAGUCGCCAGUUUCUAACGUAAGAAGUAGAGACUCUCCAGUUGGUUCAUAUAAUUCAAAGUCAAACAAUGUUUCUAAUAUUGAUAAGUCUCAGUCGAACAAUGUGUUCAGGUCACGUGCUUCAUCUUUAGAACCAAAACAACCUCAAUCAGAACUUGCCCAUCCAAGAACGUCAUCUCAAGGCCCCAUUUCUUACAGAAAUCCUAAAAUCUCAGCAGGAAAUGUGAAAUCUCGGCCACAGUCGACUAUUGAACCAACUUGCCAUAAAUCACUAGACACUUCAGUUAACAGGCAUUCUAUGAAUGUUCAGAAAGAGCUUCCAUGGAGUGUGAAAAGAUUAAGUAACAUUUUUGACGCAACCUCUACGAACAGUAACAAUUCAGUUACCUCACAUUCACAAUCCUCGUCACCUGUGCCUACUUCCUCAUCAUCAUCAAUGACAUCAUCACGUGUUCCAGCAACUUACACACCACCACCGACGUUUCAACGUUAUAGCGACAAUAAUCGGUCAAGCACAUCCAGCAAUAGUAGCAUUGGUAGUGCCAAUCGAGGAAAACCAACGUCUAAAUCUUUUAACAAAUAUGGCCCCCAGGCCAGAGACUCUUUCAGUUCUACCGACGGUUCUGACUGCUCGUGUAGAUAUUCUUUGAAUUGUCGUCGUGACAACAGUAGUCUUGAAGAACUUACCGAUGUUAGUUUCACUGAUAUCACUUACGUUUAGGCAGAACAAGAAAUAAUGUUUUAAAAAAACGAUUGUGUUCAUAUAUUUUUACUGUAUUAAACUGCCCUAAGUUUUCAUUUUAAAUCGGAUUUCAUUAAAAUAACAUUUCUAAACUGAAGGUUGAAUAAUAGACAUUGUUGUUAUAUAUAGUGUAUAUUGAAAGAGGGAAAAUAAUUACAAAAGGUUAAUAUAUAAAAAUUAAGUUUUAUCUACGGAACAAACGUGUAGUUUGUGUAAAAUACUCAAAUUUAUAAAACCAUAUUACCUCUUUGUGUAAAUGUUUCAUUUUUUAUCAGCCCAUAUUUUAAAAAUGUUCAGCAGACAAUCAGCACUGUGCGAGUUCCACAAAUAGGUAUUACACUUCUAAAUGUUUGCUAAAAUGAUAGCAACACUCUUUGACGGAAUUUGCCAAAGUCUGAUCUAGUUCUGCAUGUCUUUUUAAAUUUUUAGAAAUAAUAAGGAAACAUUUUUGUCUAUACUUUCUGUUCAGAACUAAUAACUAAAAAAUGUGCAUCCCGAAAAAGGUUUUAGAACAAAUUGUGUUCAUUUCUGUGGUGAAAUACAUGUUAAAACAUAAAGAAAUGUAUUUUAAGGAUACGUUGUUAAAUAUUUUCUUUGUUUUACCUGGCGAUUUCUGAUUGUAAAAAAUAUGUACAUGUAUGUAAAUUGUAAUAUAUAACUGACUGUGAUACAAAUAUAUGUGUAUUGUAUGUAUUAUAUAUGUAUAUGUGUUAUUUUCUUUUGUGGUACAAUAAGCAAUUACGUCUGAAAAUAAUUUCUCCUAGAAUUUUUUUUGUUAAUCAAGAAACAUACAAUAUUUAAACAAAAAUUUCAAAGCACAGAAUUUUUUAUACGAAGUUGAUACUUCUUUAUGGGAAAGUAAAAAAAUGGUUAUUUUCUUUUUUAAGUAUUUCUAUUGAGCAAUUUUCGAUCAAAAAUAGUUUUACCAAGGUUAAAGUUCAUUUGUUUAAUAUCAAAAAUAGAAAAUAUCAAUUGUAAGUUUUGUAAAGAUAAUAUAUUGAUAUACAAUUACAUAUAUAUUAUAUUUCACCACAUGAUAUUUUAGCGAUUUAUACUUUUCGUAUGUUUUUUUUAUAUGUUUUUAUAAGAAAACUGUUUAAAAUCAGACGAUAUUAGUAACUCAGGAUGUUUGUGUAUAUAAAAGUUGAUUACAAAAAGCAUACACAUAUAUUUAUAUGAAAACAAAUUAUCAUUAUUAAGUAUGAUAUGACAAUAGUGCUUAUUUCAUUAUAAAGUUAUAAAUUAAAAAAAUAUGUUCUAUA